AUGCCACCAGAUCGACGUGUACAGCGAAUCGUGCGAGUACGUACGGGUUGCUGGUCAUGCAGGCGACGCAAGAAGAAGUGCGAUGAAACUCGACCUAUCUGCGGCGGUUGUCAGCGCAAUCACCUGAGCUGUCAGUGGCCCGAUGUUUCGGGAAGGCGAGAUUCAGGACAGGACGAUAUCACCCAGACAGCGGCUUCAGAAGAGCGCCGACCGAGCCUUUUGGAAAGUAUUGAGCCUUUCAAUGAAACGGCACUCUCUGGAAGCCCCUUAUCGCAACGGGCGCUCUCUGUGGUGUCAAACACAAACUCCGAGAUCGGUGAUCAGAUUGAGGACGCGAUGCACGAGACACGUGAGCGUCGCAUAUCAACAGCUUCUCCGAUGAGCAGUACGAGCGAUGCUCUUGUCGCGUCGAUCUCGACCGGAGAUGUGUUACCGCGCAGCUUGUCGAUGCUGCCCGGUUACGACGCCGAGUCUUAUCAGCUUCUGAGCCAUUAUCUUGCCACAACGGCCGAUUGUAUGGCAAACGGCUCAACACCAGUCAACCCCUUUCUCGUGCAGAUUGUGCCCUUGGCCUUCUCCAGUGAUCUGUUGCUGCAGCUUGUAAUCACUCAGAGUGCCGCUCACCGGGCGUUCCGAUCGCGGGACGAUUCCGACACUAUCGCCCACAGCCACUACUCCAAAGCCUUGCUACAUUUUCGCCGUGGGGUGACUGAUUUUAUCGACGGAAAGGAGUCAAAUCCGCUCAUGCUCCUUGUUGGGGCACUGCUAAUGUGUUUUACUGAGACCGCGAAAGGCGACAUGAAUGGCACAAUAUUCGAUCAUCUGUCUGCGGCAAACUCGCUUUUGGUUAAGCUACUUGCUCAAAGCGACUCGGCAGUGCCGCGCGAUUUGAAAGAUUUCGUUAUCGAAUACUACACAUACACUGCCACCGUGAGCAUGAUAUCAAUCGAUGCACGGUUUAGCGGGCAACUGUUCCUCAACCUGGAUCUUGAGGAACGGUCGCGUGAACUACUACGCACUCAAUACGUGGGCAACUUGUGUGGCUGUUGGCUGGAGCUCUUGCUCUUGAUCCCAUGUAUUUUUGAUCUCGGCCGACAGUGGACCUUGGACGGCACGCAGGCGGUCGUCCCAACUGCCGAUGAUCUCGCCAUGUUUGCAUCUAUCCAGGCACAGGUCUUGCGCUGGUCGCCUUACCUCAACGUACCGAGGGAUGUCUACCUUGCGGGCUUGAUCUUUCAGCAAGCUAUAUUGAUCUACCUAUACACCUCUCUCGGGGGUUUCCGAUAUACCACCGACGGAAUGUAUAGGGGGUUGGUAGAUAACGCAGUCACAGAGGCCAUGUCAUACCUCAAUGACCUUUCGCCAAACGCGCGUAUCAACUCGGGUCUUUGUUGGCCAAUCGCAUUGGUCGGAUCUUGUCUCCUGAACGUCGACCAGCAAGAACGUCUGCGAAGACGUCUGAAUGCAAUGACCGAGAAAUUUGGACUUGGAAACAUGCAUCGGACACUACUUCUGCUCGAAGCAAUGUGGAAAUUACCCCCAUCCGAGGCUGGACCGUGGAAUAUUUGUCGCGCAAUGCAGCAAAAUCAAAUAUGGAUUUCAUUCGCGUGA